AUGCACCUGACAGUGUCCGGAGAUUCGGUUCCAGCCUCGAAGCGGGGGACCAACUUUUUGGAUGACUGCCUCAAGGACUUCCAAUGUGCAGCAUGUGUUCGGCCAUGUCAUCAUGCAAACAUCACCACAAGUCUAGCUAACUGCCAUCGCUACUGUCAGGCAGGUGAGUCUGCUUGUGUGGAGACUUGUGGCUUCCUAAAACUGGCUCACACAACGAAGCCUGGCUCCUGUCACGCACCUGAAGCUGCUACUGGAUUUGAAGCGGCCUGCAUCCAAAGUUGUACCAAAGACGGAGAUUGUGGUGAUCACCUGAAAUGUUGUAGUAAUGGACCAGACUGUGGCUUCACCUGUCAGAAGCCAGACAAACUCAGCCAAGACAUACCAAAGAUGCCUCAUUUUGUAAAAGUCACGGAGAGUCGUAAGGGGAGAGCAGCCAUUGUCAAUUGGCAUGGUGCCAAGGUGUCGAACGACAGCCUGGUGCCCCCUACAGUGAUCUAUGUGCUACAGUAUCGUCAUAUCCUGUCCCCAAAACCAAACUGGGGCUUCAACACCCCCUGGCUGGUUGUCACCCAGACAACCAGAAGAAAUUAUUUGGUUCGGAAUAUUCAGCCUGGUCACUGGUAUCAGUUCCGCGUGGCUGCUGUUGUAGCCAAUGGGACAAAUGGAUUUACAGACCCGACAGCGGCAUUUAAAUCUUCACAAGAGAUCCAGGCUCCGUCGCCGCCUCGGAACCUGACACAGGCUGGGUUUACCAUUCAUGAUGGGAAAAUUGACCUCAACAUGUCGUGGUUGGCACCCAGCAGAACUGAUUUGCCCAUCAUCAAAUACAAGCUGUAUUGGAGCCAACGACUACGUGCAAUAACCGCCCAAAUGGUGUCUCUUUACGUCCACAAACAGAAUGUUCCUGCUAAUAGGACAUGGACUGUUAUAAAGGGCUUAAACUCCGACACAACAUAUUUUAUUCAGGUGGAAGCCAUUGCUCGCCAAGGAGAUUAUCGAAUGAAAAGUCAGAGAACGUCAGAGUUGAUUACAACUUACGAAAUACCCUCUGUGGAAGACACAGAACCUCCAACCACACUGGAUUUCGGGACUUUCGAUGAACUUAAUUUAAUAACUGUCUACAACGUCUCAACCGAGCCUCCAUUUUAUGAAAACUUGGAGAUCAAAUGUCUAGUUACGUGGGAAGUGGAAGAUGACAAAAAAAGUGAUAUUACAAAAUAUAUGAUCACCUGGAAGCCGGUGACGUGUGGUUUCCGUGGCGACGAGAAGACCCUGGCUGACAUUGAUCCAACAGGUGCCACGUCACAUACUCGGUCAUUUUUCGUGUACGGGUUACAGUUCGGGUGUCACUACGUUGUCAAUAUCCGUGUGGUGAACCUUCACGGCGUGCCAGGGCCUGUCACUGAGGGCACCUUUUUUGUCCCUCAGUGCUCAGAUAUUCUAGUGAAGGCUUCCUCACGGCCAGAGUGCCCUACUCUAGCCGAACCUUUGCCGCCAUUGAAACCAAGGCAGUUACAGAACAGUAUUUAUGUUGCGGGUAACAAUAUCUCCGUGGUGGUCAAGUGGAAAACCCCACAUUCAGAUGCUUCCAUUGACCGCUUCAGGGUGACCUGGGGGAUCAUAGGCCAGAGGUCAGGGGUCAGCGACCGAUCUCACAGCAGGAAGAAAGACUUGUCAGAGAUGGACAAGAAAACAGUGAAAACCAUGAACCUGCCCGGGGAUGCACACCGUGCCGUGCUGGAAACGCUCGCUCCAUACUCCGAGUAUGCCGUGGAAGUGGCCGCUGUGUCUAAGGCUGGUCAAGGGUCAUCAGCCAGACUGGAGUUCAGCACCCCAGCUCUGCCCACUCUCACUACCAGGGGCUAUGGCGAUCGUCACGGUAAGCCAGCUGACCAGCCUCAGGAGAGUGACAUGCACAGGACAGUUGUAGAAUCUCAUCACUCAGACAAUCAGGCCUUGGAGAAGUCCUCCACAGCGACAACGGCAGCUUUCUCAUCUCCUUCCUCCUCCUCAUCGUCUACCUCAUCUCUCUUCUCCCGCCAUUCUUUGACUGACUCAAUCAAUGCACUGAUCUGCGUGACGGUUGCCCUGGUAAUUGCUGCCAACCUGCACUAGGUGAUGCAGUGGAUACGACUGCUCAGUCUAGGUGCUAUUUUGCUGCUGUGCAGUUGUGAUUUUCUUGGCAGAGUUUUUGUGUCAUCAAAUUGAAGACUUUUAAAAUGAAUUGGUAUCUGUGCUCUUUGGUGCUAUGACUGAUUGACAGAUACUGAAUUGAGGCAGAUUUCUUGGAACUGUUUUCAUUUUGUAUUUCAUGACAGUUACGUCAGUUGUGGUUAACAGUGCCCAUAUGGCUACCUGUUUCGAGGACGAGAGGUCCCAAGUCCUAAUUUACAGAUUGUCCGUGUAUUUUGUUCUGUGUCCUGUGUGUAAAUAUAUUUAUACACAGCUUCAUACACCCCAACCCAUCUUCCCCUUCUGGAUGCAAAUGAACUGUUCUGUAACCAUGGCUAUGUCCAUAUAUGGAAAUAGCUUUCCCACGUAUACAUGGUGAAACCAGAGAUUUGUUUGUCCUCUUAUGGAACAUAUUUAGGUGCCAGAGGACUAGUACAGUGGAAAUAAAACCUUGCUAGCUAUUGCAAAGUUUCAUAAGCAGAUUUCUUGUAAUAAAUCUUUGCUUAGCAUACUAGCGCAGCACAAUGACCCUGCAGCCCAUGCUGGCUCCCUCUUUGGCCGUAUGUGGGAAGAUCUGCCAGCAACCUGCGAAUGAUUAUGGGUUUCCUCCCACCAUUAAACUGGUUGUGAAAUAUUCUUGAGUACAGAGUAAAACUCCAAUCAAAUAAAUAAAUAGAUGUUUGCUGUUGGUGUGACAAAGUUUUGAAAAUACCGAUAAUCAAUUAUGAAGCUUUGCUAAAUGGUAUUUCACAAAUGAAGCUUAUUUUUGUGACUGUGACAUAUCUGCCAUGUUGACUAAUUUGUCAGAGUCAUCCAAUUAUGAUUGCGACACACAGGUGACUGCCUCAUUUGUGAUUUUGAGUCAUUUAUAAUGUGAGAAUAGAGUAACAAAUACAUAUUUGUAAAGUAAGAAUAGAUUAAGAAAUGUUUAGAAACUGAUUAUUGUCCAGGACAUGUUUAAAGAUAACACUUUUGUACCAUAUGUGAACUAAUUUAUCUAUGAAAUACAUAGAUUUAUUAUACAGCUUAACGCACAGCUCAUAUAUCGGAGAAACGGAAUGAAGCGGGCCAGUUUUUUUCAACCAGUCACAACUAUGAAAUGGAAACGACGGCCCCAUUCCAAAGAGCAGAUUUGUCCUCGAGAUGACCCCGACACCCCCUGUUUUGUACAUGAUGGAUGGUCUGGACUCUGCUUUGAGGAUUGGAGCCCAACGUAGGCAAUGAGGCAGAAAACGUCAGGCCAGUGUUGUUCUUCAAAUUUCAGGCCAGCAGGAACCAUAUUUUUCAUUUUUCCACUGUUACAAAAGGCAUACAGAGUAGCCAUGGAUAUGUAUGGAUUUAGAAAGCAGUAUUUGAUGUGAACAAAAAGAAGUUGUUGGGAAGAACCUAGGUAAAUAGAACUAGAUUUCCUCAUUGUUGUUUUUGUCAAAUUUCUGUUAAAAGAAUCUUGAACGAAAAUGUGUUGUUUAUGUUGAUAUAUUUGCCAUUGUGCAUGUUUAAUUACAAUUGUAAAGAAGAGUUGUAUGUUGUUGUUAAUUGUUAUUUAAGCUUGCCCAUUUAUGUUUAAUUAAUAAAAUCAAUUGAUUAAUUGAAUAAUUAAUUGGUUAAAUAAUUAUUUAGUUAAUUGCUUAAACAAUUCAUAAACCUAUUGGUUGAUUAAGUGAUUAAAAUGUUGUUUACCUAAACGAUUGAGUAAUUAAAUUAGUUAAACAAUUGAUUAAUUAAAUUACUUAACAAUUAAUCAGUUAUUAGUUACAGCUGUAUAGGACAGGAAUAUCCAACUCAGUCUAUCCCUCAGUAUUGCUGCUCAUCAUGAAUACGUCCAUAUCAUCGUUAUCAUCAUUAUCUUCAUCAUUGUCACCCUCAUGAUCAUUGUUUUCAUCCACAACACUCAAUGUUGAUGUGUUGUUAUUUAUCAUUUCUAUAAAUGUCCCCUUGCUCCUCUCAUCCCAUCUUAUGUCAUCCAUCAUUUGUUAUUAUUAUGUUGAGAAAAGCUAUAACAAUGUUCUGAUGUACUCCAAAUACAUGUAAUUUUCUGUAACAUUUUGUAUGAAACGCUUUGACCUUUGUUCAAGUACACAGGUACACAUAAUUAUCUGUCCUUAACCUGCACACUGUCAUAUGGGAUGCUUUGAGAAGAGACAAUUUUGUUAUUAUUUUUUUUUUUCUAACGGGAUGAAAUGUUUGUGUGGAAGAUUUUGUUAUUGGAGUGCUACUAUGUAGCAAGAGUGUUGUUGUUAGAUUUUGUGAUACAACAUACUGUUCAGGAGUUUUGUAAUAGAAAUUACGGUGCAGGACUUAGUUUUCUAAUACACUGUGUGGUUCAGGAGAUGGUUCGUAAUGCCAAUUAUGGUUCAGGAGUCAGAUUCCACCAAGCCAUUUUCAAGAAGAUCGAGUUGGAAUUUGUAAUAUUUUUAAGUUAUAUGUUUGAGUUAAAAUAAGGAACAAUAAAUAUGUGUCAGACAAAUGAUGAUCUGUUUUAAUGUUUUAAUCCAGGAAAAAAAUCAGCAUUAAUUAUUAUAAACUUUCAAAUUUUGGUCAAAAUCAGAAAUUGCUUUCUGGCCUGUUACAGGGAAAUACAUGUAUGUGAAUGUAUACUAUAAAAUGUGUUACAAAAGCUCUGUUACAUGGUUUGCUUUUUCUUGUAAAUAUACUGAUAUGGCACAUCUCUGCCCUCUUCUUUGAGAAACUUAGGCCCUAGUGAUUAAAUCUCAUUUUGUGUAAGUUUUUUUUAUACAUCAUGUUCCAUAAAUUUGUUUUUACACCAGGAAAAGCAUGUGUCAAAAAAGUUAUGCAAAGAAAAGAAAAUACAAAUUCUUGAUGUUUUGCAUAUGGUAGUGGUGGUCACACAUGGGAUUAAUACAAUAGUUACACUAGGCCAAUUGGAAACAUUUGUACAUGCACACAAAAUAAUUGUUUAUGUUAACAGUAUUUUGAUUGAAGGUUUCAAUGUUUUGGUUGAAGGUACUGUGAUUCUGAUUGGACAGAUAAGCGAGUUUGUUUUUGCAUGUGCUACUGUUAGUUGGUUUCUUCAGUAAUGUUCAUGGGCAUAGAGAAUUUGUUACAGGUCUUCUGAUUGGAUGGUGCUAUAAACUUUGUAUCCUAACAACUGAUUGGCUAGCACAGCAUGUACAUGAUUGGUUUAGGCCUACCAUACUUUUGGAUAGCAUGGAAGUUAUUCUAUAAUAUACAUGUGUAUUUUAGCUUAUUUUUAAUCUGAUUGUGAAAACUGGGAAGAACAUAUGAUUGUAAGACGAGAAUAGGGUAAAAGUGUAUUCAAAUACUAUAGGUCUUCUGAAACUCUAAAUUACGUACUGGUAUUUACGUACAUAGGCCUACAUAUGCAUGCAUACCAAAAUACAAGAGAGUCAAAAUACACAUUGAUACCUGCUAAUAAAACAUUCACAUGAAAAGAUGUUCAACACAGAGAGAAGGUGGAAGCUCGUGUUGGCGUAACAUUGGGACUAUAUUAUGGGAGAAAAAUUGGGCCCUGUAGCAAGUGUGUUUUUGUUGUUGUUUUGUUUUAAUAUGAUGUUAAGAUGUCUCUGGUAUAAACAGUGGAUACCUGUAGAUAUUUUUAAUAUGUGAUGUGGCCCGAACAGUGAUUUGGUUAACAGAAGAAAGGAGAAAACAUGUGCAAAGUUUGAACAUAUAGUUAGGCCAUCUGCCUUUAGAUAUGACGUGUAUAGCGUAGUUACCUUCCCAGCUUUGACCCUCAUCCAGGGUGCCGUUGCUAGGCGGCCAUCUUGGAAUGGGAGACAACUCUUGACUGAUUUAUCUUCAUUAUUUAUUGGCUGGUACAGUUGUAUUAUGCAUGCAUGUAAAGUUGCAAUGUGAGGAUACAUUGUAAGUGUAUGCUCCUCACACCAGUGUGACAGUCACUUUGUUGAGUAUAUAUUUUUGUUUUGUAUGUACCCGUAUUUUGUUUAAUAAAGCCAUUGUUCAAGAGUCAAAGAUGUGUGUGAAACUCA